AUGAAAUCGUCUUGCCCCUUUUGCAGCAAGCGGUACAGCUCCUCCGCGAACUUCGAUAAACAUCUUCGAACUACACAUCCAUUUGAAGCAGAUGAAUGGCUGGGAAACCAAUUUUUACUCCUGGAGCGCGAUCAAGAGGCACCCGAUGACACUCACGACAGCCCGGAAGGCAUUCACGAUUCCUAUUCAGAUGCCCAUGAUGACGACUCGGAUAGUUCGGAGAGCAACAGUAUCAAUUAUCAUGACCAAGAUCCCGAUAAUAAUUCAGAUCUGGAAUCCGAAUCAUAUUUUAUGAUGGAAGAGACAGAUGGAGAUGCAAAUAGGCAUGAGGCAGCGACAACGAUUUACGAGGGUGCUGGGGAGCGUCUCUACCGCUCGGAGGACUACGACGAAUGCUCACAAAACCUUCUCCGAUACCCGUGGCACCCAUUCAACUCAGCAUACGAGUUUAGAAUGGCACGUUAUUUCAUACUGUCGAAGGCCUCACAAGGAAAUAUCGACAGUUUCUUUCUACACGCUCCGUCAAGCAGUGGCGAAUGCUCCUACAGGACUGGGCGAGGUUUUAUAAAGAGGUUGGACGAAAUGAAAUGA